GAAGGGGUCCAAAGCUGCGGCAGAUGUCGUCGGGAGAAAUACAUCGUCCCCGCGAUUGUGCUGCUGCGUGAAGGCAGUUUGGAACAGGCCGGCCAGGAAGCUCCAAGCUUCUCCAGCUGGCUCGAAACAACCCGCAUCGUGACAGAGCAGUUCACCCCAAGGUUUGCAGUCCAGAGGCACUACCCAUCCUCCCCCAUCCUCCCAGCCCUGUCAAGUUAUUGCUCAACAUGGCCAGCGACAAUAUGGCAGGGAGCAAGGACCCUCAGCACGAACCCUCGCCUGGCGAGCUGGAUUCGCAAGGGAUUCACGCAAUGCGCAUGCCGCACCUCAAGCACGUCUACCGCAUCGUCUGCCAUAUGUCAGGCAAUAACACAACUAUCCCCAACGUGCAAGACACAGAUAUUACCAGACUCAUCCUGCCUAUCGCCGGUGGUACCGUAUCUGGACCGCAGAUAAAAGGCAGCAUCGUCCCUAACAGCGGCGCAGACUGGGCACAGCUGGUCGGUGGGGAACAAAAGCGCUUUGUCUGCCUCGAUGCCCGGUAUCCUCUGCGAACUGGCGACGGCUUUGAUAUCCUGGUCAGCGCCAAGGGUAUCUACGAGGAAGGUCCCCAUUCCCAGGCGCGACAGGCCGGCCCAGUUCCUACUGUUACGCAAGACGACGUCGAGUACUUUACGCAUUUAACUUUCGAGGCAGCCGGCCAUGGUCCAUACAGCUGGAUGAACAGGAUUGUGGCCAUUGGAGUCAUGACAAUGUUCAAAAGUCGGCCAAUCAUCGACUGCUAUAGGCUGACAAAUUUCCCAAGUGUCAACAUCGACAAAAGCUAGAUAGCUGUACGGCAAAUAGCUUGAUCUGGAAAGAGAGUACCGGGGCAUAAUCGGGAAGCAUCAAUUCU